AACGUCACUUCCUGUAUGUGUGUCUUCCGGUUGCUAAGCUAACGGUCUAACUUCUGUUGUAAAUGUUUAGAAUAGAUGAAUUAAUGACAUUCGAACAACGCGUGACGUUGAUCGUAGGUCAUUUGGCUAAUGCGGUGAAGGCGGAAAUUUUUAGUACACUGGGCAGACAAAAUAACACCGAUCUGGAGGACAGAUUGGUGUCUCUGGUGGACAACCUCUGUGCUGAAGCUGUGGAUAAAAUCCUGCAGUUGGUUCAUGGGACUCCUCAUCUGUAUGACAUCACAGAGCAGAAUAGUGACACCGUGAUAGUGCCGCAGACGUCUGAAGGGGGGGAUGGUGGACGUGACCCCGUCUCCUCUGAUCACACCUACAUCCUCGUUUCUGAGAAAGAUGACAGCAAUCGUCGUCAUGUGGUUGUCUCUGUGCAGAGUUUGGCCCACAGCAGUGAUCAAACUACAGUCAGUUGUUCUGAGAAAAUGCCUGAUGUCACAAAUGUUCAUAUCUCCACACCUGAAGCUAAGGUCAAUGACCAUGAGUAUGCUCAGCCACACUCAUCUUUGCCUAAUACUGCCUCAUCAGAGCACACAGACGUAAGAAUCAGAAAACACCGCAACGGCUGCAAGAAGAGUGACGCGAUCGUGCAAACAGUUCAUUGUUCCAGGUGCAAAAUGUUGUUUCCAAAUGCCGAGCGUCUCAGCCACCACCAAAAGAAGUCGCACCCAGAAUGUUCAGUGUGUGGUGAAAUAUUUACUGGCACGCUGAGGCUUCGUGACCACGAGAUAAAAGAGCACAGGCUGCUGCCGUACACCUGCGACUUCUGCGGCAAACGAUUCAAUCACAAGGCUCAUCACGACCUGCACGUUAGGGCGCGACACACCGGUGAAAAGAGCUGCCACUGUGACAUCUGUGGGAAAGGCUACGCCUGUGUCAGCCUGAUGAAGACUCACAGGGUCACUCAUUUUGAUAAGACCUUCAUCUGCGACAUAUGUGGGAAGUGCUUCUACCAUGCCUGCCACCUGACACGCCACAAACUGGUACACCAAAAGGUGCAGCCCUACAAGUGUGCCACAUGUGGGAAGGGAUGUACACAGGCCUCCAACCUGCGCAGCCACGAGGCCAUCCACACAGGUGAGCGGCAGCUCUGUGCAGUCUGUGGUAAGAGCUACCGGUGUCUGAAGAACCACGUCAUCAGUAAACACCCCCAUGAGCUGCCUGAUGCAUCUACUGUCGUGGUCUGCAACGACUGUGGGAAGAAGUUCGCUAAUCAUUCGCAGCUCAGAGUUCACCAGCGCAGCCACACAGGAGAGAAACCGUUCCCUUGUGUUAUAUGUGGGAAGAGUUUCCGUCUGAAGGAGAUGCUGCGCGACCACCAGUUCACACACACCAGCCAGAAGCCUUACACAUGCACGCUCUGUACUAAGACCUUCACCCUGGCCACCAGCUUCAUGAGACACCGCAGCAUCCACAGCGGUGAGAUGCCGCACAGCUGCCGCAUCUGUGGGAAACAAUUCCGUCUGCUCACAUUUCUCAAGGCUCACAUGCAGACUAAAGCUCACCUGAGGAGAGCACAACAGAAGUCAUCGGGCCUUGAACAGAACGCUGACAUGACAGUGUCAGACAAACACCAAUGUGACAUGUGACAAAUUUCAAGGGGCGUUGGUUCUCAAACGAACUCCCGAAAGUCAUAAUCAUAGUGACUUAAGAUUUGUCGAGUGUAACCUUCAGACAUUUUGUGAUUAAGAUGUAAAAAUUUUGAAAAUAAAUGAAAAAAUAUUUAUAUAUAU